GGCCGUUGCCCGGGGGGAGGUGGUCGCGGCGCCCCGCACUCGGCGGUUGUUAGGGUGCCGCUCGCAGCCGGUCGUUACAGCGAGGCGCUGGUGGCGCUCAGGCUGCACCCAGGGUUGGUGAGCAGCCACCAUGUCGAUCUUCACCCCCACGAACCAGAUCCGCCUCACCAAUGUGUCGGUGGUACGCAUGAAGCGCGCCGGGAAGCGCUUCGAAAUCGCCUGCUACAAAAACAAGGUCGUCGGCUGGUGGAGUGGCGUGGAAAAAGACCUUGAUGAAGUUCUACAGACCCACUCAGUGUUUGUAAAUGUUUCUAAAGGCCAGGUUGCAAAGAAGGAAGAUCUCCUCAGUGCAUUUGGAACAGAUGACCAAACUGAAAUCUGUAAGCAGAUUCUAACUAAAGGAGAAGUUCAAGUAUCAGAUAAAGAAAGGCACACACAGCUGGAGCAGAUGUUUAGGGACAUUGCAACUAUUGUAGCAGACAAAUGUGUGAACCCUGAAACAAAGAGACCAUACACUGUUAUCCUUAUCGAGAGAGCAAUGAAGGACAUCCACUAUUCAGUCAAACCCAACAAGAGUACAAAACAGCAGGCUUUGGAAGUGAUAAAACAGUUAAAGGAGAAAAUGCAGAUAGAGCGUGCUCACAUGAGGCUUAGGUUCAUUCUUCCAGUGAAUGAGGGGAAGAAGCUGAAGGAGAAGCUCAAGCCGCUGAUCAAGGUUAUAGAAAGUGAAGACUACAGUCAACAGUUAGAAAUUGUGUGUCUGAUUGACCCAGGCUGCUUCAGAGAAAUUGAUGAGCUAAUAAAAAAGGAAACAAAAGGCAAAGGUUCUUUGGAAGUACUCAAUUUGAAAGAUGUGGAAGAAGGAGAUGAGAAAUUUGAAUGACAUUCAUCCAUCUCUUCAGCUAUAAAACACUAAAGCAUUUUUGUUUCCAACAGCAGUUUUAUUUCUGUGAUCUGCCAAAUACUUCCUCAAACUAUUUGACAUCUUCCAUCUUUGUGUUAAAUAUGUACACUAAAAGACUUUCCUACAUAAGUAUAAUAAUGUGGGAAUGAUUUCAUUUUAGUUAUAAAUUGGGGUUUUAGGCAAUAAUGAAAAACCCACCAUACAAAAUCCAGAGCAGCAUUUUGCUGCUGUCUCACACUGUUAUAGCUUUCCAAUGCAAAAGUUAUUUAAGACGACUUUUGUGGAUAAAAAGUUAAGUUUGGGGGCUGGCCAGUUAGCUGAAUUGGUUACAGCACAGUGUUAUAACAUCUAAGUCAAGGGUUCAGAUCCCUGUACCAGCCAGCUGCCAAAAAAAAAAAGUUUUAUACAUUAUAGUAGGAUUAUUGGGGUGUUAUAUCUGUAUGACAAAAAGAGUAUUUGCUGAAAAAGAAAACAUAUAAUGUCUUAUAUCUACUUAAGAAAAUUUGUGUGUAGGUGUAACUAUCAUGUCCCAAUGUGAGGCUUGGAUGGUGACUUCUUCAUUAUCUGAAAUGUAGAUAUUAUAAUGACUGUGCAGGACUUAAAAGUUUCAUUGAACAUGCUGCCAUAAGUUAGAUUAUUCUUGGUAAAAAAUAAAGUCGUUUACUUCUAAUUCUUAAAGUUUAUAAUAUAUUAAUAUAGCUAAAAUUAUAUGUAAUCAAUAAAACCACUCUUAUUUUUAUU